UGAUGCCACAUAAAUGUUGGUGCAGAGAGAGAGAGAAUGGGAGCAUGGAAUCUGAAUUGGGGGGCCUAUACACAUUUUCUUUAUAAACCAUGGACCACACAUUUGGCUCUAUAAGAACCCCUUUGGAGCCUCAUUUGUGACAUUGCUUCAAGGGCUUUCAACUUUCAACACACAAAGUGUAAGCAGAAGAAAGAAAGGAGCAUAGAAGAUACAAAGAUGAGCAAAGAUUCAAAGAAGAAGGUUUCAUGCAGAAGGCUUGGAGGGUAUCUCAAAGAGCAAAAAGGAAGACUAUACAUAAUCAGAAGAUGUGUGGUCAUGCUUCUCUGCUGGCAUGACUAGAAUCAUCAUUCCCAUGAAACAUUCUUCAACGUUUUUCUUGGUUCAUAUCGUGGAUCAGCACACUCUAGAAUCCUCCAAGCCGUGGCCAAGGAUAUACAAGUUUAGUCAUGCAUGCAGAAAAAGGAUGAACGUUUUGCUAUAGCUCUUUAUUAUUUCCUAUGUAAAUAGCAGAGAAUUUCAUUAAAGUAACGUUAGAGACAAUUUUCCUUCACAUCAUGCCUCAAAAAUGUAUGUUCUCUACGUGCAAAAGCUAAAUGAAAGUGAAUUGAAUCAAAAAUUUCAGUUUUCUAUUCUGCAUUUGGAAUAGUUU